CGCGCCCGUGGGGCUGGAGAGGAAGUAAACCCACGCGUCCGCCUCGGGGACACCCCCGCGCUCGGAGCUCUUUGUCCAGUGAUUCUGCCAGCGCCCAGAGCACCAGGGGCCCACACAGCAGCGGCGGGAACCCCGGAAACCUUUUGCGACCGCCCCCAGGAGACCCACCACCAGGCCCCGACUGUGCCAAGCUUCCUGCUCGCCCAGCCCCGCAAGUAGCGAACGCGACAAUGUUCCCCUGAGGCCACGACAGAGCCAGCGUGCCGAGAUACCCAAUCCCCGCGCGGGCGCCAGCGACUCUCGCGCCAGUAGGCCCUUGACUUGGUUCAAGACGGGGGACUGGGGACUCCCAGGACGAGAGCAGAGUGAACGAGGACAAGGUGAUGCUCCACGCGCUUCUACUUCAAGUCUGGUCCAGUUCUGCCCGGCCUGGCCCAGCCACCCACACACUACCUUCCGCUUGCUCUGGCUGCUCGCGGACUUGGAGCCAUUUUAAGGCGAAACCACCUGGCCACGCCCCCUGGAGCACCCGAGAAACCAAUCCACGCUCGGCCACGCCUCUCUCAGCGCGCAGCAGAGAGGCCAACGGUCGCGCGUGUGACGGUUAGGGCGGGGCGUGCUUCGCCUGUGAGCCCGAGAAGCUUGAGCCGGCUGACCCGCCCACGGUGCCUGAAGCCCCAGAGGCUAGGAUUAGGGGCUCGAAGUCUGGCCCCGACCGCUUGGCCAGGUGUUCGGUUCACAACUAGGUGGGCGGCUGCCCCGCCUCAGGAGCGUGGCUUAAUAGCUGAAAGCCCGGGGGCCAGGCCGCGACUGCGGCUCAGGCAACGCCCUGAGGGCGGCCACACUACCAGGUGUUCCACUCCCCUGGGACUGUGGGCAAGGGCCCGGGGCGGGGCGAGCGGCAGGUGAUGACAUUGGAGCUGCGCCGGAGGUCGGGGGACUCGUCCUCCCAGGACAGUUGACACUCGCCUGCUGGGCUGGCCGAGCUGUGCCGUGCCCUCCGGGACGCAGGGGGCGCUGCACCCGCGCCGGGUCAGCCUCCGCAGGGCCCCGCCAACCCUGUAGCAACCGGCGCCGGUGACGACUUCGCCGCGCGUCGGUCAGCCAUGGCCACCGCUCUCGCGCUACGCAGCUUGUACAGAGCGCGACCCUCGCUGCGCUGUCUGCCUGUUCAAUUUUCCUGGGCCCCGCGACGAGGGCAUCGGCUCUCGCCAGCAGAUGACGAGCUGUAUCAGCGGACGCACAUCUCUCUGCUGCAACGCGAGGCCUUUCAGAGCAUGUACAUCGACAGCUACAGCAGCCGCGGCUUCAUGAUCAACGGAAACCGCGUGGUCGGGCCCUGCGCUCUGCUCCCGCACUCGUUGCUGCAAUGGAACGUGGGAUCUCACCAGGACAUCACCGAAGAGAGCUUUUCCCUCUUCUGGAUGCUGGAGCCCCGGAUAGAGAUUGUUGUGGUGGGGACUGGAGACCGGACCGAGAGGCUGCAGUCCCGGGUGCUUCAAGCCAUGAGGCAGCGGGGCAUUGCUGUGGAAGUGCAGGACACGCCCAAUGCCUGUGCCACCUUCAACUUCUUGUGUAAUGAAGGCCGAGUAACCGGAGCUGCUCUCAUCCCCCCACCAGGAGGGACUUUACUCACAUCUUUGGGCCAAGCUACUCAGAACCACCAGGAACUGACCUGCUGACUGCACUCUGCCAGUUGCCAAUGCUUUCACUCUUAUCUCCCCUUUGGCACUUAUCUUGCUUAUCAACAUAAUAAUUUAUACACUUCUCCCA